AUUGACCGUUAAUAGAUAUGGAAGCCUGUUAAGCGAAAGUUUCUUCUAUUCCGUCUAGAACAAUUUGAACGAUUUUAGUAUUUUUUGCUGGUGAGGUAAACGACAACCAUUAAAAGGAUUAGAAUCGUGAAAACGGUGUCUUUCAUUCCUCGAAGUUUUCUUUAUGAACAACUGAAGAAAUCAAAACAAUUCACAUAAAAUGAAUUUUUAUUAUCUUUAGAGAAAGCCUAAACGAAAUCUGUUUGUAAAAAUUUGUUAAUUUAUAUAGCGCAUUUUACAAAGUUUUCGUUGGAAUUUGGGGAUGGCCCCAUGGGUUGUCGGCAAGUCAAUCUCCAAAGACCAGUUAAAUCGUUUGCUUGAACAUAAAUACCACUGUGAAGGAGAAAGCAUAUGUGACAACCUACUUAAGGACUUUUGGCGUAUAUGUUCUUUGUAUAUACCAACAUAUAUUGCUCCCAAUACUCUCACAGUAAUUGGUCUCCUCGCCAAUGUAUUUGCUUUGUGUUUGCUGUUGUCUUAUGGGGCUUGUUUCUUUACUUCGUUGGUGUUUGUAGUGUGUGUAUUCGCGUACCAGACUUUAGAUGCCUUAGAUGGCUUGCAAGCUCGCCGUACAGGUUCUUGUUCUCAGCUUGGUGAACUGUUUGACCAUGGUUGUGAUGCUUUAUCCACAUGUAUCCUUCCUAUAAGUUAUUUCAUCGUCAUUGGUUUGGAUGACUGGCCUAUGUUGAUGUUCAUUCAAUACUUCUGUAUCCAAGUUUUAUUUUAUGUAGCCCAUUGGCGAUGUUAUGUCACGGGAGUUCUUGCAUUUGACCGGGUCGGAGUGACAGAGGGACUUUUAAUUGGAAUUUUAUUUGGGACGAUAUCUUCAAUAUUUGGUCACUCUAUUUGGAGCAUGAAAGAUCCACUUUUCGGUUUGGAACUCAAGGUUGUUCAGUUCCUCGUGUUCUCAAUUGUCAUGCUUCUUCUGGCAGUUCAGUUUGCUGAUACUAUUUCUCAAGGUGGUUGUGGUAAAUACGGAACAACCGUUGCUAAUACUAGUGUACUAUUUCCAGUUUGCCCUCUGAUGCUUGCACUUGGUUUUCCUGUUUUGGUUGCUAUUAAUUCUCCGGUGAAUCUUUAUCACCAAUCACCUUUUAUUUUCCUGUUGACGUUUGGGAUUGUUUCAGCCAAAGUUUCUCAACGUCUAGUGGUAAGUAUUAUCUAGCGAAUAGAAACUUUAUUUACUUAAUAGUAAGGAAGUGAUUUUCAUUAACGAUGAAAGUAAGGACUACAGGUGUUUAUUUAAUUCAUUCAACCUGAUAGUACGUGUUAAAGUUCUCAUGUCAGUUAACCCCAUUUUUACUGGGACUAUUUAGGAUUCUCGUAACAGUGUACUUGGAGAAACUGUUAUUGUCAUGUGUCAUGUUCUAUAUUUUUUGUUCCUCUUUAUACUACGUGUUCCGUUUAAUAACUUUUAUCAAAAUAAGAAAAAAACAAUUUUCGGGGAAUACAGUAAGCAAUCCAUAUUUUAUUUCAAGGUUUCCCUCUUUUUAGUUACAACCGGUCUGAAAAAUAUGUCACUAAGGUAAGAACACACACUUGCUGUUCGGCAAAAUAGAUAUGACAAUUGAAAUACUAGGGAAAGUUCGUAUUUAAAGUUGAUAGCUGACUGAUGAGGGAGCUUGUAAUUUAUGGGUAGAAAGAAGAUAACAGUUACUCUCUAUAUCGCUCAUAUGACUAAAAGUGCUAUCUAUUUGUUUGACGCAGUUAUGUUUGGGGCAGCUCUGUUAUUCAUCAAUCAAUAUUUUUCGUGUCCCUUUCCUGAAGUCUUAGUUCUGUGGAUAUCUUUGAUAUUUGGAACUGUGAAUAUCAUAUUAUAUGAUGCUGAUGUAUGUAUACAGUUGGCUAACUUUCUUAAUAUAUAUGUAUUCCGCAUUGGUCGACCAUCAUCUACGCGUCACAAUAAUAAAAAUACACCCGUAAAGUCGUCAGUUCAAGACAACACUUACAAAAAUUCACUUCGUAUACGAAACAGUUCUCGUAAUUGAUAAUAGUUAACAGAUUUUUUUAUCAGGUACUUUGUAUUUCUCUUUUCCCCAAAAUUUACCAUUGGUACACAUGAAUGUAUACAUUACAAAAUUAUAUACAAAGAACUUUCACUUAAUUUUGACUCAUUCGAAUAUAUAUAUAUAUAUAUAUAUAUAUAUAUAUAUAUAUAUAUAUAUAUCCCUUUUUGUGUAUACAGUAAGAAGUAAUCGGAAUCUCAGUUUUGUUUAUUAUUCUUAGAACAUCAUAAUCCACGAAAUGAUUGAAUUGAAAAUACGUUUCGUUUUCGGCUGUACAAAAGUUUUUAUUAAUGCGGUUCAUUAAGUCCACGUAAUUUGCAAUUUCUGAUGCUCAUAAUACGUAUGAAGUUUUACAAUUUCUUUACAAUCGAGUGCAUAAUUUCCACCUAUUUAUACUUUCUAUUUAUCCUUCCCUUAUUCUUAUGGUGUUUUUCUUUGCUAUUUACUUUUCUUGUGUUUUGCGCGCCAUUUGUACCAGUCGAAUUAGCUUAUUUUUAUAAUUAUUUAUUUAUUUCUCUUAAAAUAAAGAUCCACAUUUACGAUUAUCUUCUGUGUUUCCUAUUUGUCUUACGAUUGUGUUAUAUAUGUGUAUACAUCAAAUCCAUUCUAAAUCCCUGUCAAAAUGAAAAAAGAGAUAACAUACUCCUGGUUUUCUUUAUAAAUACCAGGUGUCAAUCUAUGUAGCUUCCUGUUUUGAAUUUUUGUAUGUAUUUGUGGGCAUUGUUGAUUAUUGUACUCUUUUUCUUAGAUAUUUCCCAUAUCAUGAUUUACUUUUAUUGUCUGUAGAGUUUUUUUGUAUUAGAGUUUUGUCAAAUAGAUGUGCCAUGCAAUUAUCAGUAAAGCUAAUCGACAAAUACUUCAUUUUGUGUAUAAGGAUAUCGGUGACUUAUCCUUCUGCUCUUUCUUUGUAAGCAAUUAUUUGGUAAUUUCUGUAGUACCAACAGUCCAUUCCACGUACAAUCUUUACUUAUUAUAAAAAAAUAUACGUAAUAAAUGCGGUAGAGUUAUGUUCCAGGCUUAUCGGUCAUAUUAGUACUAUUAGUACGUGCAUGUAAACCUGUCUGUUUCUUGCUUUUUAGUGAUAGGUUUUAUUUACAAAACGUGAACAGAUUGUUAAACAGUACAAAAAGAACAAGGUUUACAGAAUGAAAUAAAUUCAUUAUAUGUCAUGGCCUCAUCUCAGAUACAAACGAGUAGUAAUUAUAUAAGUAAUAGUAAAAUUACAAACAAGGUAUAUUAACGAAGAAUAUUAUUUUCAAUAAAUUCUCUUCAGGUGGAUAUUAUAGUAAUUUUUAAUAGUCGAGUUCAUGAGUCAGUUAAAACUAGACCAUCAUGGAAAACCUGUAAGCACUGGACGGCCGUUUCGUCCUAGUAUGGGACACCUCA